CGCUGGGUCCUGGUAGGCUCUCGGAGCUGUCCGUUUUGACAGGGUGCUGUGCGCAGGCGCGAAAGGUGCCGGGACUGGGCUGAGUGCUGGGGUCGCAGAGCUACUAGAUCGGUCGGAGAUGGCAGAGGUGGAAGAGACACUGAAGCGACUUCAGAGCCAGAAGGGAGUACAGGGAAUCAUCGUGGUGAACACAGAAGGCAUUCCCAUCAAGAGCACCAUGGACAAUCCCACCACCACACAGUAUGCCAACCUCAUGCACAACUUCAUCUUGAAGGCCCGGAGCACCGUGCGUGAAAUCGACCCCCAGAAUGACCUCACCUUUCUUCGAAUUCGCUCCAAGAAAAAUGAAAUUAUGGUUGCACCAGAUAAAGACUAUUUCCUGAUUGUGAUUCAGAAUCCAACUGAAUAAGCCACUCUCUUGGCUCCGUGCAUCAUUCCUUAAUUUAAUAGCCCCCAAGAAUAAUAAUGUUAAGCAUGUCAACCAACUGGCAGGUGGAAAUCACCUUCGAGCCUACUUAGACCAGUCCAGUGACCAAAGUCAUCAAAGUCGUCCCUCUGCUGGCCAGUCACCCUUGAGUUCUUGGGUGGGCCUUCUUUCCUCAUCUCCAGAUUUUGGAGCAAGAGCUUUGAGCAGUCCACACCCUGCUUCCUUCUGACCUUCAGCUCACUUUGUCACCCUUGGAAAAGGCUGUUUUUCUUUAACUAAAAAUAACUGAAAUGCUUA